GUUCCGCUUUAUUCGCUCCUUUCAAUAAGUGUACGGCUCUCUCUUGUGAAGCGUUAUAUACGAUACAGCAAAAGUGUUUAUACAGAUAUCUAUCACUUGAUCGAUUGAUUCGUGGAUUCUUCGAUAAGGAUGUCGAGCGCGUGUUGCGAUGAAUCGUCGGCGGAGGUAGUGGCCGGCGGCGGUGUAGGAGGAGAAAUCAUGCUGUUUGGUGUGAGAGUAAAAGUGGAUCCUAUGAGGAAGAGCGUCAGUUUGAACAAUCUCUCACAGUACGAACAGCCAAAUGCUAACAACAGCGCUGAUACAUCUAAAGUGGCUGAGGAAGGAUAUGCCUCUGCAGAUGACGCUGUUCAACACCACUCCAACAGCGGUCGCGAGCGUAAGCGAGGAGUACCAUGGACGGAGGAAGAGCACAAGUUAUUCCUAUUAGGAUUGCAGAAAGUGGGGAAAGGAGACUGGAGAGGAAUCUCUAGAAACUUCGUAAAGACACGUACACCGACACAGGUUGCAAGUCAUGCUCAGAAGUACUUCCUCCGACGAAGCAACCUCAACCGUCGUCGCCGCCGAUCUAGCCUCUUUGAUAUCACCACUGACUCGGUAUCAGCUAUGCCAAUAGAAGAGGGAAAAAAUAAGCAAGAAAUCCCAGUUCCACCAGUUGUAGCAUCAUCACCAACAUUGCCUACUACUAUAGAGGCUACCAAAACCAAUGCAUUUCCAGUGGCACCUAUCAUGUUACCAGCACAGAUUGAUCAGUCAAGAGAAAGUCCAACUCUGUUGCAACGAAAUCAAGUGAAUUCGUAUACGCCAGUUCGCCCUCUUCCUAUGCUUUCAAUGCCCAAUCCAUCAACAGUAUUUGACCUUAACGUGAACCAGAUCUCAGAAGUCGAACCAUUGUCACUGAGAUUAUCCUUGUCACUUGAUCAGGGACAAGCAUCAUCUACUAGACACCACUCGGCAUUUAAAGUAAUGCCAAGCUUCAGUAAUGGAGAGAGCAUCAUUAGUGUGGCAUGAGAUCGAAGGAUCUGUGAGAAAAAAAUGAAAGCAAUAUGGAAAGUAAAAAUAGGACAAGAGUGGGUACGCUGCACUCAUAAUUAUAUUAAGGGAAUGUUUAUUUAAGGAGAGAUUAAUUGACUAGACAUUUGGUCCUGAUUUGUACAGACCAGAAAUAUGUCAUGCCUUGUGGUUACCUGUUUAAUGCUACUAGUAUUAUUUUACUAUA